AUGCAACCCAACCGGUGUAGGGUUGCAGCUCCUCGCACCUCGUGCACCGGCGGCGCCCCCAACAACCUGCCGCCCCUCAGCUUCCACGCGGUGCACGGCGAGAACGUUAGGAUCUCGCGCGACGGCACAACCGCCCGCCGCGUGGAGUCCUUCUGCAAGGGCGUCGCCUUCAGCGCGAGGCCAGUCAGGGUCAACGAGAAGGUGUGCGUGCGUUUCGUCGAGAUCUCGAACAGCUGGAGCGGCGUGAUCCGCUUCGGCUUCACCACCCACGACCCCACUAGCCUGGCGCACGCUUUGCCCAAGUACGCGUGCCCCGACCUGACCAACAAGCCGGGCAACUGGGCGAAGGCCCUCGGCGAGAGGUUCUGCGAGAAGGACAACGUGCUCCACUACUACGUGAACUCGGCGGGCGACGUCCAUUUCGGGAUCAACGGCGAGGACAAGGGGCUGUUCUUCUCCGGCGUGGACACUAGGAGCCCGCUGUGGGCGCUCGUGGACGUCUACGGGAACUGUACCGCGGUCCAGUUUGCGGACCCGCGCGCGCCGAGCCAGGGCCGACGCGCCGUCCAGAGCCCCGUGGCGGAGGAGGAGAGGCUGGUGGGCGGCAUGAGAUCGCUCAGCGUCGAGGAGCCCCUGCCGGCGCCCCGCCACCAGAGCCCUCUGGCGCCGCUCAGUUUGCACAGAACGAGGGGCCGAAACGUCCAGUUUGUAAACGACAGGGGCGUCGCGGCCAGGUUGGACGCGGAGUUCUGCCAGGGCUACGUGUUCACCGCGCGCCCCAUGCGGCCCGGCCAGACGAUAGUCGUCCAGAUCCUGGCGACCGAGUGCGCGUACGCCGGCAGCCUGGCCGUGGGGCUGACCUCGUGCGACCCGGCCACUCUCCGCCCCUGCGAUCUGCCGGACGACGCGGAACAGCUGCUCGACAGGCCCGAGUACUGGGUGGUGAGGAGGGACGCGGCCAACGGGCUGCGGCGCGGCGACGAGCUCGCCGUGACCCUGACCGCGGACGGCGAGGUCAGGGUCAGCCGCAACGGCAGCGCCGCCGCGACGGUCAUGCACGUGGACCACACGCUCAGGCUGUGGGCGUUCGUGGACAUAUACGGGGCGACGCAGCGGGUGCGGUUGCUGUGCAGCCAGCCCCCGGCGCAGACCCCUCCUCAGCAGCUGAGGGUGCUGGCGGGGUCGGCGGGCCCGAUCGCCGCCGCCGGGGGGGGCGGGACGGUGCUCGUGGUCAGUCUGCCGCCGCAGCAGAACGGACAGAUGAUGGGCCACCAGCAGGGGCUGACCUUGGCGAGCGCGCAUUACAUCGAGCCGAUCCAGGCGUCCUCGCAGCUGUGCCUCGCCAACUUCCAGCAGCUCGCCGCCCAGCCGGCGCCCUGCCCCCAGCAGCAGCCGCAGUCCUACCAGCAGCAGCGGCAGCGCACCGAGGCGCAGUGCAGCAGCCAGAACAGCGUCAACGAGCAGCUGCCCAACGGCCACGGCGAGCUCAGGCUCGAGAGGCCCCCUGGACCGUCGACCAGCCGCCAGGUGGCGUCCACGUCGCACCAGCCGGUCUACUCGAUCAUCGGCGAGGGGAACCUCACCGGCGCCGAGUGCACGAUAUGCUACGAGAACCCAAUCGACAGCGUCCUGUACAUGUGCGGCCACAUGUGCAUGUGCUACAGGUGCGCGGUGCAGCAGUGGCGGGGCAAGGGGGGCGGCCAGUGCCCGCUGUGCCGGGCCCAGAUCAAGGACGUGAUACGCACGUACAAGUCG